AUGGCCAAGCGAGUUGUUAACCUCUCGAAAAGGAAUCUCCUACCGGCUGAAAUCAACCUCCUGUUUAAGGGAAUGGGCUUUAAUCCUACGGAUGUUACACCUACCAACUUUCUAGCUGUGCUCGAAUACAUUCUACUGACCUCUGACCUACCUGAAAACAAGCGCGCUGACAUACGCAGCUGUGCCACUAGUAUCCUCCGGCAAACAAGACACCAGCAACCUCUACCGGCCGAAGAAGCGCAGGGACUGCGAGCGCUGAAGUCCGACCACAGUAUUGUUGUUGUUCCCGCCGACAAAGAUGGCGCUACCGUCAUCAUUGGACAAGACUGA